GAAGUCCCGCCCCUUUUCCAAUGACGCCAACGGCGCCGUGUUGUGGGUCUUCUGGUAGCAAAACCUCACAUUACUGCACAUUACAGUUCGUUAUUUAAUUCAAGUGAUCGUGAUCUUAAGAAGGGCUGUACAUUGCGGAAUAUCAUGUCAGACACGGAGACCAAGCCCUCAAGUGAUGGAGGCGAGAAGAAAGAUGGAGAAUAUAUCAAACUGAAAGUAAUCGGUCAGGACAACAGUGAAAUCCACUUCAAAGUGAAGAUGACGACACAUUUAAAGAAGCUGAAGGAAUCCUACAGUCAGAGACAGGGUGUACCCAUGAACUCUCUAAGGUUUCUUUUUGAGGGACAGAGAAUUGCAGACAACCAAACCCCCAAAGAGCUGGGAAUGGAAGAUGAGGAUGUGAUCGAGGUGUAUCAGGAACAGACCGGUGGCUGUCGGAAUGAUUAGACUCUUUAUUUUUAUCUUAAUUUUGUAUGUAUGACAUGUAUUUCAUCUGUUUCCUUUUGCUGUCACGUCAAAGGGAAGCAGAAAAAACCAUCUGGAUCAAAUAGAUAAUGUGUCAGGGCUGCUGUGUUUGAAGGAGUUGGGUGGAACUACUAUAGAAAGUUUUUUUCUAGCCAUGUCCCACGUUCACUCUCUGCUAACUCAUCCCUGCCUUCAUACGUUUUUAUUUUUUUUUAUAUAUAUAUAUAUAUAUAUAUAUAUAUAUAUAUAUAUAUAUAUA